AUGGUGGCGCAGAGGAGAGCCAGGCUUGCGUUGCUCUGUUGCUCUGCGGGACGCUGGCUGGCUGGAGAGGUCCCGUCGCGACUUUACCUGUACUCGCGUGCCUUGUUGGAGACGAGGACCUGUCGCGGGUUUCUGCAUCGCCAACGCCAGCGCCAGCGCCAGUACCAGCACCAGCACCAGCACCAGCACCAGUACCAGCACCAGCACCAGUACCCAUACCAGCACCCGUACCAGCACCCGUACCAGCACCCAUACCAGCACCCGUACCAGCACCCAUACCAGCACCCGUACCAGCACCCAUACCAGCACCCGUACCAGCACCCGUAA